AUCAUAGACGGGGAUACUGCAAACGGGCCAAUCAGAGACGUCUUUUGUGGAUCCAAACAACCGUCCGCUCCACACAGACAAGCGUCGAGAUUUAUCUAGUAAACAUGAAUCAUGUAGCUAACGCAUGAGCUAACUCAGCUCGGUAGUGAUGAACUGCCGUUUAACUUCAUUUAUAUUCUUUAUGUUUGUUUGUUUUGGUCGUAGUUGAUGCGGAACGAAGGUCUGAAUGUUGUUGUAAAGUCUCUAAAGGAUGAGAACCCGGGAUUCACCGCCGCCGCCGGUUCACGUCCACGUCCCGGAGACAACACCGGUCCAUGUCCACAUGAGGAGGAGUCCCAGCAGGACACCUCAGAAUAGGACAAGAGAUGCCCAGGUGAGGGGAGAAGGAGGGAGGCCAAAGGUCCGGACGCCGUGGAUCCCUCCAGGAAGACUGUCCUGCAGAAGAGACGUGGGCUCGUACAAGUGUCAGAGAAGCAGAGCGGAGUAUCGAUCAGAAAGUGGAAUCGGAUAUCAGCGUGAUGAAGAUGAGGAGCAGGAAGAAGAGCUCUCUGCAGUAUCCAAAAACCUCAGUGUCCUCCUCAGAGAGCAAGAGAGCAUUCGUGAUUUAAAGAAGUCGGAUUCUCGGGGUCAACACAGAGAGACCGACGUGCUCCUGAGGGCGCUCGUAGAAGCAGAAAUCGACGGCGUAGCGGUGGCUAAUCAGCUGACAGCCCUAAAGGAAACUAUUGACAGCCUCAGUAAGGACAAGCGGCUGUCAAAGCUGCAUGCAACGUCAGUGGGACGGCAGCAGGAUUUGUUGCUGGAGAAGAUUGAGAUGUUUGACAACACGAAUCACAGCCUUCGAGAGCUCCUCAGAGAGUGGAGUGAUUACGAGAGAGAAUCACUGGUGUGGUCAGAGCAGAAAGAUGCCUUCAUGAAGAGACUGACUGACAGUGAAGCAGAGAACAUUCGACUUGUGGCCAAACUCACCAACAAAGAGAAAGAGGCUUUUAAGCUUGCUGAGCAUUUGGACUUUGAAAAGGACAACGUGAAGACGACGGAGGAGCUUUCAAGAAUCCUUCAGUCGACCCGCGACCAUCUGGAAUCUGAGCUGAACAGAACAGAAGCAGAAAAGGCCAUUCUGGCUGCUCAGAUUCAGAGGCUGCAGCAGAGCUACGAGCAGCAGCAGGAGGAGCUGCAGGCUCUGAGGCAGCAGAGAGAAGAGGAGGAAGAGGAGCGGCAAGACCAGGAGGUGCUGGCCCUGCUGACCCAGCAGGCCGAGCGAGCUGAAGAGACCGCCAGGCAGCUCGCAGCAAAACUGCAGGAGAAGGAAUCCCAGUUGGCUCAAACUCUGUCCACAUCCAGUGACUGGUGCCUCCGCCACUCUAAAGAGGCUGCCGCUAAAGCUCAGCUGGAAGAGGACAUCGCUGCUCUCAAAGUUCAGGUGACGGAGCUGAACUCUCAGCGUCACUCAGCGGAGGAGAGGAGUCGGACGGAGAGGGAGGAGCUCAGAGAUCACCUUCAUCACCUCAGCGCUGAAAACGCCUCCACCAAGCUGGACAACCAGAGACUCAGGGGUCAGCUGACGUCCUCUGAGGAGAAGCUCAGCGGUCUGCAGGCUGAAGCCCGGCGGCUAAAAUCGUCAAUCAAAAAGCACGAAAACUUGGUGGAGAAAUACAAGAAGAAGGUCCAGCAGGUUCGUCUGGAAUCGGAGGAGUACUGCCUGCAGCUGGAGAUGACACAGAAGGAGGCGCGGGAGGUGAAGGUGAGCCUGGAGAGGGAGACGGAGCAGCUGAGGAGGGAGCUGCUGGGUCGGCUCAGGGAGCUUGAGACUUUGCCUGACAGACUGAGGAGGACGGAGCAGCAGCUCAGAGACGCCCAGCUGGAGGCCGACGCCCACGAGAGGAGGAACAUGGAGCACAACUCGGCCCUCUCUGAAGUCAGACACAAGGUGGAACAGCAAGGCACUCAGCUGGAGACGUUCCAGCAGAGGAACCUGCUGCUGCAGGAGGAGAACAACGUUCUCAAAGAGAAAAUUCACAACUUAGAGAGGAGGCUGGAGGACAUGAGGGUCGAGAACAAAGACAUGUCUCAGGCUCUCCCCUCAAAGGACGCCACUAUCCGCAGCGUUCAGCAGCAGCUGGAGGAGAAGACGCGCGAGUGCAGCGUCCUGUCCAGACAGCUGCAACAGACUCUGGACGACGCACAGAGACAGGUGGACAACAGCAUGCAGAAGGUUUUGGCCAAAGAGAGGACGUCUCAGUCUAAAGCCUUGGACCUGCAGAGCCAACUGAGCCGAGCUAAAACAGAACAGAGUCAACUACAGCGAAGCAAAGAGGAGAUGGAGCGUCGUUUCCAGAGUCAGCUGCAGAACAUGAAGGACAGACUGGAGCAGUCGGACUCUACAAACCGCAGUCUGCACAACUAUGUUCAGUUUCUCAAAACCUCAUACGGAAACGUGUUCGGUGAAUCUUUGCUUGCAAGCUGACUGCAAAAAAACCUGACCAGCAUUCAUCCAUUCCCAAAGCAUUGUAGUUGACCUUAAUUAUAGUGUAUAGAGUUUUAUACUAUCUAUGAAAUUAUUAAAAAUGUUUUAAAAUGAAAUGCUCACAUUAUAGUUGUCUAAAAUGUAUGUAUAUUCUUUUGUAUAAAUAAUGUCCUGCACAAUUCUUGA